CAGUGUUUAUUCAAGAUGGCGACAAUUGAACAUACUUUUGCGGAAGAGACGUUUACCAAACUGGCAAAUAAGUGAUUUUAACGCGAAUUCAAUUUCGGAAACAAAUCGUAACAAUAGCGAUUUUGGUAUUCGUUAAAAAUAACAUUUGAAACGUGAUCUUCGGGGUUUUGUUUUUAGUGUUAAUUUCAGUUUUUUGAAGGAAGGUUUAAAGGCAAUAAUUUAACGGGGUUAUAAGGAUCCCUCAGUGGGAGCCAAAGCAAAUAACGCGAUUGUAUGAGUAUAUCACGUUCGAUGCGUAACAGUGUCCUUUGUUCUGGCUGCAAGAGUGGAGGAAAAAAAAUUUUAAGCGUGCCCGAAGAUUUGUGCUAACUGACAUUUUACGAGAAUGAAUGAGAGCUUUGUGUGACAAUUGUACAGUAGCAUAUAAAUUAAUGAUUAAUACACGUAUUAUAUGUAAUUACUAAUUUGUGGGUAAGUUCAGAUAAAAAUGGCUAGUGAUCUGUCGAGCGUUUGCACCGAUGAUAUCGAGAUAUUCGAAGAAAAGGAAGAAGGCGAAAUUUCUCUCGAGGACGUGAGCUCCUCCGAGGAGAGUCAUCCUCAUUAUAGGUUGGGUUUUCGUAAUGGUGGAUGCCCGAAUUGCAUGUCACUUCAACAUUGUUCACCUUGGUGCAACUAUGCCAGAAUCCUUCGUCGUAGACUUCAUCGUAGGCAAGAAGUUCGAUUUAUUCUCAAAGAUGGGGACCAUGGAAAGGAGAAUCGUCGAAAGGUGAAAGAGUCGAGCGGAAUGAUUGGGAAGCAGCACGUUACUUCGACCCUGCAGGAGAAAAACGACGACGAGGAUCUCGUGCCGAUAUCGAGCGACAGCGACAUGGAGGCGGUUGGUUUACCGGGCAAUUCGAAGCACGUGGCUUCGAGGACGAGUCCGAAAUCUUCGAAAGUGCGUAAGAAAAAAAAGAAAAAGCGUAAUGAGCACGGUUCUAUAACGACGGGAAGGCUCGACGGGGCUUUGGAAAACGUCGAGACGCACGAGCCGAUCGACGAUCCGCCGGUCAAGGUGGUACACGCGUCGAGGUCCCACCACCGGGAUUCAACGUCGCCUCGUUACAACGUCGGCAUGACAUCCCUGGUGGAAAAAAGUUUGAUGCGAUCGCCAUCCCGGCGUUACCGAACGGGGCGUAGCGCGAAGUCUCGUUCGCCACUGAGGAGAUCGCGGUCUCCGGUGCUGAACCAUGCGAAUCCGAUGGUGCGAAGGUUGUCCCGAAAAUUACGAUCGUCCCGGAGAAUGUUGUCGCGUUCGCCGGUGAGGCUCGACUUGUCUCGGGAGUCCCGAGACUCGGCCGCGUCUCCGGCCCACGUCGACAUGUAUGCUUCGAAGCUGUUGAAAAAAGUUCGUCACCUCGAGAGCGUCGGGACUUUUUCACCGAAGAACAGGCGCCCGAGGAGCAAGGAGCACUCGUCGUUGAAGGAAAAGCUCGACAACAUGAUGAAAAACAAAGAGACGAUCGUUCGAGGGGAUAAAAAGAAAUUGGCGACUAAAGAAAGUGGGCACAUCGUUGAAAACAACAACGUCGAUCGGAAGGCCCAACCGGAUGGGGGGAAAUCGAAGGAGGAUGAGGACGAAGACAUCGAACUAUUGCGACGCUUGGCACUCGAGACGAAGCAAAAAAAAGUAGAAAGUAAACACGAGGAAGCCACGAAAUCUGGUAACGAUCCAGCUCCGAGAACCGAAGCGAACCUGAGCGACGACAACGACAGCGAAGCCCUCGAAUUACGUAUGAUCGCUCUCCAUUCGGCCGUCAUGAACAAACAUCGCAACAGAGUCGAGCGCGGUCUUGGCUCGAGGAAGCAUCGAGCCGGGAACAACGCCGGAAACGAGAGUCCUUUCAGCCUCAGCUUCCUCGAUGCCGUUCCAACACCCGAUGAACUUUCGGACAAUAGCGCCCAAUCCCCGAUGGCCAAAUCACCGGUUCACAACGAGGAGACUAAUAAUCCUGAAGAUAUGGAACUCGACACGGACGUCGAACGAGAAAAAGAUUCAAUGCCGUAUUCGCCCACCGACGAUUUGACGGCUCGGAGAAUCAACGUCGACGACGAAACGUCGCAUGGAAUUAUUUCGAAGGACACACCUCGAAAUUUAUCGACAGACGUUGGAAAUGCCGAAGAUCCAAGGGACUUGGUGAGCCUCGGAACGUGCGGCGACGCUUCUCGUCCACCUCUCACUUCUUCGGUUACUUCCAAUAGUUUCAUACCAGAAAGCACGAAGACGAAUACUCCCGAGGUCACGAGUAUGUCUCAUUCGCCGGAAAGAUCGGGUUACACGAGUGCAGAGAGCCUCACCAAUUACAUAGACAAUCCCGACGCUCCUUAUUCGCCCUCGAAGCCGGUUGAAGGUUCAAAAAUCGACUACGUCGCGUCGCCUCCUCCGAAAGGUAUGACCAACAUCGAAACCCCCUACUCGCCGACCGAUGCACCGAUUUACGAUCCCGAGUUGACCCAUUUCUCGCCGGACACGAACGUCGCCGCUCCCAAGAGCUGUUGUGAAAGCGUGCAAGUCCGCGAAAAUUCCCACGAAAAUGCCACGUGGACCGGGGAGACCAAUCUCGUGCCCAUGAUGUUGAACAUGUCUAUGAACGAAGCUGAAAUGCCCGAGGUCGAAAAUACUUCGAAAGCGAUAGCAGCGCGGGGCGAACCGUCCUCGAAAUGUCCGUCCAAUUUAUCGGCUCAUUUAUUUCCACAGGACGAAGAAAGCAUCAAAUUCUACGAAGCGAUAAUCGACGAGCUGCCGGAGAUAGACAUUGACGGAAGUCCGUUGGUCCCGGUGACGAAAGGAUCAUCGAAUAUCGAUAUCGCCAUUAAUUCCAGUUUCGCAUCGUUGUCGAACGAGCCUCUUUAUCUCCAAGGAUUACCAGACGUUACGCGUGACGACAACAAAAUUCCGACGCUCGUCAACAAAACUCUCGUACCAGCGACUAUUCUCAAAACGAACAAACAACUUCAACAACCUUUGCCACCGAAGCGAUUGGAAAAUCCGGUUGAACCGAGCUUCAAAAGUGCCGAAAUGCGGCCUGUAAGCGAACUCGAAAUAGCAGGACUCAACGCAACCAAAACUUUUAAGCCUAUCAAAUUGUGUCCGAUUUUAAAAAAGCCCCAAGUCAUUAUGGCAUCGGCGGCUGCUUUCAACUCUUCUUUUGGCGACGAUCUUCCGACGGCUGUUGAAUCGAACGAGGAGAUUCCGGACAGUGCGAUUGCGAACGUGAUUAAAAAUCCUACCGAUAAAUCCGAGAUCCCGACAAAACAAGCGUCGGGGACGUCAUCGGCGACGGGGAACUCGCAGAAUCCUCAUAAGUCAUCGAAACCGAUGGACAGCCGUCGGAAAAGUACAUUCGGCGAGGAAAAAUCCGGGGCAUUGAAUCCAGGCAAAUCGAGAAGUCCGAAAACAGUAAAAGCUAAGAGUGUCGAUAAUUACAUUAGUCGCUCAUCGAGCGAACAGUCGAAAGAAGCAACGGAUAACAAGGCCUCGAGAAGAAGAGCUUCGAGCUCACCGGCAGCCGAUGAAAGAGCAUCCAAGAGACGCGGGCCGAAUAAUCGAACUGCUUCCGAUUCGCGGUCGAUUGGAUCGCAAAAUCCGGCACGGACGAAUAUCGUCGAGUUAUCGAGCGAGGCGAAUUCGAGUAAAACCGCUAAGAAGAAAAGGACUCGACGCGGUGGACGGAAUCGUCGAGCUCGCUACAACGUCGAAAAACAAAGUCUCUUGGAAAAUCGUCGUAGCAGCGAGAGGAGAGAAAAACUAACGCGAAGCUCAAUGGGAAUCGAGGAGGAGGUGAACUGUUCGAGCGAAUUGAAAGGACCGAAGGAUUCGGAGACGAACAAGAAGGCACAGAGGAACGACGCGCUCGAUGAUGAAAGGCCGGCGAACGAGGAGCUUAAAUAUCCCGCAGCCAAGCAGCUGGAAGACUCAAAAAAGAGCAGCGAAGAAGCUGAGAAAAGCAGGAGACUCAGUUUGGACGAAGACGAGGAAGCUCUGCGAGCUUUGUUGCUGGCUUCGUUGCCGAAACGAGCUAAAAUCGUAGAGGCUACACCGGAAACGGCGAAUCCGGUUGUCAAAACGACAAGAUUCGCCGAUACAACUUCGGCGGAUGCGAGUCUAGAAAGGCCUUUGGAAAAAGUCCACAAAGUCGUCGGUAACAGCGAUUCACUCGGAAGUGCUGGACUCCCUCUACUGUCGAGCCAAUCUCCGAGCUCGGCGAGUUCCGUGCCACCUGGAAAAAUCGAUCCACCGAUAGAUCCGUCGAAGAGUGUCGCGAUAAAAAAAAGCCUUGCGACCGAAACGAGCAGCAAUUUACCGUCGUCCUCCUCGUUGGUCUCGUCUCCCCUGACACCGAGGAAACGGCCUAGUAGUGUUGUCCUCAAAAACCCUCCGAAGAAAAUUGCUAAAAAGGCUCUGCCCGCUUUGGCCAGCACCAGAGUCGUAAAUAACGCGAAAAAAUAUCAAAACGCCAUGCUGCAAAAACGGCUGAAUUUGCAAAGAGCGGCCACCUCGUACAAUGCCCCUACGGGCUCGAGGAACAUUACCCUCAACAAUUUGAAAACCUACGAAAACGCUCGACCAGCGAGCCCUAAGAUGGCUAAUUCAUCGUCGAAGACUCAGACGCUAGUUAUCAGUUUGGAAUCCGACACUGACAGUGAGGCGGAUUCACCGAACCAAGAAACAAACUCGACCUUAAAGUCCGGUGAUACAUUAACAACCAAACAAAAACCACUCUCUAUACCUACUACCGAUUUUGAAAAGAGCCUCGAACGAUUUCUCAAAGAUCAAAGAAAAAAAACCGAAUCUAACGCUUCCACAGCGAGCACACCGAGUUCGACGGUUACAACGAACGUCACGAAAUCUCCUGCACCUUCCAACUCGGCCGUUAAAGAUUUAGGCAUAUAUAACACGCCUUUGGCCGUGCGACGUCAUUUGCCGGUCUCUCAACAGGAGGAAUAUCGUCGUUUGAAACAACAGAUAAUGGAACGUGAAAGACAGAUGUUGCAAAAAAACAUGGACAACGGGAUGAAUUCGCAGAAUACGAACGUCAGAUCACCGUGUACACCACCGGGCCCGUUGUCCCCGGCGAGUCCGAUCGCUGCAACGCUGUUGGCAAAAUCUCAUACACAGAAAAUUUCAUCUCACCUGGGGAGCACAACAGUUGCUUCGGGCCGAGAAAAACUCCUGCAUAAACCGGAAGAAGGUGGCGGAUUAUCGAACCUCAUGAAAGUUGUUAAAGCGCCGAUAGAAACGAGCAAAAAAUCAAGUUUGAGCUCGGGCGCAGAUACCGCCAGAGUGAUAUCGAGGAACGCAAACGCUUCAAGAAGUUCUGCAACCACGUCGACUCCGAAAUCUCUAAAUGCAAAUGCUCCAUUGCCCAGUGUGACGAAAACAUCUACAAGCAUAACUGCAGGAAAAACUUCGUUGCAAUCGAAGCAAAACAACGCCUCCCCGAUGGAGGAGAACGUUGGAAAUCUUGGGAAAUUGAAAGAUCCGAGUGUUGUCCCUGCACGUAUAAAAAUGACCUCGGCUACGAGCCUCACGGGAUCUAUUCCCGCCUCUGGAACCGGGAUUGCGAACAACAAUUUCGUGGGAUCCUUGAAAGGAACCGAAACGUUGACUAUUCAAAUACCCAAUGACAAAAUCCAAACUGAUCGAUCGGUUAUGUCUUCGGACUCGUUAAAAAACUGUACAAAUCUUGCUGAGAACAUUGAUGCUCUGGUUGGUUCGAGAAAUAACGGUGCGUUGAGGAUCCUUUCGACUGAACAGCUGAACAAUCGAUUCAUUAAGAUUCAAGUCGAAAGAGGUCCAGCCGGUCGUAAAGUAACAGUUGGCCCAACAACGAGUGAUUCGUCCGAUUCGAAAUCCUUGCCCGUAAGCAGUGAUAUGCAAAUAGAAUCAACCGUAAUCUGUGAUAAUAGAUUAAGCUUUAACGAGAGUAAUGCGAUGAGGAGAAACGAUGACUCGCUUUCGAAGAGAAAUGUUGAAAAAGACCAAAGUGAAAAUAGUCUGAGUAAGUCGGAUGCAUCGACCCUCGGCAACAUAUCGACCGCAUCCACCUUGAUUCUCAGUAACGAUCAUCUACAAACUCACGAAAAUCUCCAAUCGAUGAGGUUAAAUGAUACACAAAGUUGCAACACUCCGAUUGGAAAACAAACGAAACAUCAAUUGAAAGAAGUUUGGGAAAAAAUUCGUACGGAUGUUAAAAACGAACUUAAAACUUUGGAAACACUUUCAGCUGACGAGCAGAAUAAAUUUUUGCUGGAGACUCAAGAAAAUUUAGUGGCGAAAAGGAAUAUGGUCCUGGAAGACUUGACGGAAAUGUCAAGAUAUCUACGUCAGUGGGAAUUCGAACGGGAGAUUCAAACGAAAUUGGUAGCCGAAGUUCGUCGACUCAGAGAACAACUCAGAGCGGCUGAGGACCGAUUAACCGAGCAACGUCGUCAAAUGAACGAUAUGGGGCCAAGAGUAACGAGAACUCAUGAAAAAAUAAAUCACGGUCGUCGAGAGUGCUACAAACUUUCGAGGAUAUGCCAAGGGCUUGGGAACCGAGUUGUAGGACCGAAUUACAAGAUACCAAAUACAAAUGCUCGACUGCUGAACGAACAACUAAAAGAAGUGGCUGUUCACACCCGGAAACUGUCAAAAAAGAAAACAUCAACAUCGAAUAGUUCAUUGAACAGCUCUGGAGACGUAACUUUCUCGUCAACGAUGCCUGAUGUCACUUCGAUAGAAGCCGAGAAUCCAAUAACGUCUUUGAACGAGACAAUAAAUCGUAGCGACACGCCAAGCACGCCUAUGGGCGAAACCGACGAUGAAGACGAUGCAAAUGAGGAGCAUGAACCGACGAGAGAGAACGAGGUUUCGAUCGGAGAAUCGAAUGAUCCUGUACCGGAGUUCGAACAAGAGAGCCCAACGGAUUCGUUCUCAGAGUGUCCACACGAGGGUGAACUCAAGCCUCGAAUAGAAGAGACAGAGGUGACGAGGUUGGGAGAAAUAGAUAAUGGAGGGAACGAUGAACAGACUUCGUGCUCAACAGAAAUCAAUCAUGUGGUGAACGAGAUUGUAAACGUGCCUGCCAGAAAUGCUCCGUCCGAAGAAACAGAAAACUCAAUUCACUCGGAAACGAGCGUUACGCUCGAUGAGUCGGAAGUUGGAAGUUUACCGGAAUCGAAUGCCCCAACUCGUGAAAUUAAUGCUUUAAACGUGCGGGAAACAAUCAGUCGUCGAUCGGUAGAGAUAAAUAAAAACAUGUUGUCCCUCGACACUGUCGCAGACCCUGAACUCGGAGCCACCACAUCGACAACAAUAAAUUCAGAAAUAAAUUCCAUAUCACUCGCUCCAAAAGUUUCUGCAUGCCAUCGGACUGCAGAUCAGCUAUCCAUACCUGGCACUUCGAGAUCCGUAUCACCCACUUUCUCUUUACCAAAAGAUUCACGAAAUACCGGCAAACGGAGACACAGUUCCUAUAAUUCCGUCCUCGCACAUUUUAAAACUACAAGGAUCGUCGAUCCGAAUGGAAUACUCUGUCCCUACGAGCUCAUGGGGACGUGCAACGACGGUGAUUGUCAAUACUACCAUCUCGAUCCUGCUCGUCGAUGCCAGUAGCUUUGCUCGUAGCUACGAAACAAAAUAGCGAUUCACCACGAAACUUGAAUACGUAAGGUGCUGUAUACAGCCGGUACAUGAAAUAACAACAAGGAAGAUGAAUUGCUUUCCAAUUUGAUCGAAUACUCGCUGCGCUUCCAGAUGGUAAGUUUUCUUCAUGAAAAAAAAUAAAACAGCACAAAAAAUGAAAAAGCAAUCGUAAAAGCCAGGAUAUUCGGGGGUUUCCGUUGCAUAAAUUCAAUUCCGAGAGAAGUUUCUUUUCGAACGAUUCGUUUGCGUUGACACGUUUCUGUCAUCAUUCCUACCGAGUGCGCGUUCGCAUCUGUGUGUGUAUGUAUAUAAAUAUAAAAUUCAUUAAAAAUGUAAAGAGAAUCGAAAGGCAAAAUCGUUCGCGUAGACACGCCACUGAGAGGAGCCUCUCGAAUAUUAAUAUCAAAAAAAAUUAUAUAAAUAUGUUCAAAAAAGUAAUAAGUAUCGACGUAAAGCGGGAGAAAGACAAGUCGUGUAUGAGAUCGUUGAACGUUCGUUUAUGGAGACUGUGAAAUGUACAAAGAAGAUAAUCGAUACGAGUUCGGGCGAAUCCUAAGGCACCUGGAGUGCCCUCACGGAUGUUAGUACUUUUUUUCCUGCUUUUUCUUUCUAUUUCUCUACGAUACGUAUAUACCUCAUACAGUUAAUACACCUCUGUACCUGUACAAUAAAUUUUCAAUGAUUUUUUCUAAAAA